GAUGGGCAGGCGGCAAAAAUGUUGGGUGCUAUUCUGUCGGAACAGGAGGCGGAACAAGGCCUCGACGAUUUAGAUAUUUUGUCCGCACGCGGCGGGAGCUUUGACCUUGAUUCAGAACGAGGUAGCGGAAUUUCUGUUGGGCGCUUUCCUUCAGUGGUUUCCGAAGAGGAACCAAGCACGCUCGAAGACGCCAACAAUAAUCAGCAGGGUGAUCUGACUUCUUCCACCUCGACCUCGUCCCGCCCGCUCGGCAUUGCGAAGAUCAAGGCUGCUUUGGAAAAAUUCGGAAGGCUCUCGUUUCCACGAGUGUGGCAGAACCUGGCACGGAAAGUUGCGCACGACAGCGGACAAUCGAAAAUCAUGAAAGGUCAGCAGCACAGAAAACACCAAAAGGACCGACGAGGUGGUGGUCUUGAUGCUGGUGACAAAAGUUGUACUAGCGAUCACAACGAAGUAGAUGAAACUGCGUCAGAAAAAAACACAGGAACUACUACGCGGACAAAGAGAAGCCGAAAAGACAGACCAAGCAGAAACUACAGUGUCAGAAGUGAUAUUUCUAGUGCAGCGAGUCACUUUUCGGCCUCCGACGAGGGCAAGAAAAAGAAUAACAGCUACGGUGAUAUCAAUAAUUCUUGUCGAUUCCCGGACUUUGCACCGAACAGUGACUCUGUGUCGUCGGGGGACGACUCUGUGAAAAUUCGCGCCCGGCGAGAGGCCGCCGAGCGGCGGCAGAAACAAAAGCGCGAACGCCGCGAGCGAGACCAACUGCGAGAACAGCAGCUGGCGUCAGCGGGUUUGGAUGUCCAAGCUUUGAAGCGUGCCGCUUCUAGUUCAAACGGUGUGCUGGGCGGCGAACCUGCGGGGGGUGCGGCCCCAGCGACCAAAAAGCAGAAAGUUGCAGCGACUUCGGAAAAGAAAAGUGGCAGGGAUAGCAAACAGAAAAACGUCGCCGACGGUGGAAUUACUGAUGAUGGGCAACAUCAAGAAGAGGCUAAGCUUGAACCUCCUGCAGAGGCCGGUCUGCCGGGCGGGAAACGAGGGGCCACCGGCAGAGAUCAACAUGUUGACAACAUCUACCACGAGGUGAAACCCCCACAGAGGCCCGAUCCGGUUUUCUUUCGGGAGAGCUACGCGCGGCUGUUCUACCGGCAAAACGCGCUGCAGGAGGAAAUCCCGCAGAGCGUGGACUGUCCGAAGGAUUUCACGAGCUUCGAGGCCUUCUGGUACCGGGUGACAAUCCGCGACGAGCUCGGGCAACUGUCCCACGGGCCGAAGCGGUUCUGCUUGGACGACGUGUUUGUGGACCUGCUCCUUCUCCAGCUUUCCCGGCUGCAAAACCCGAAGGCGCCGGUCCCCGACAUUCUGGCCCAGUUUGCCGCGAAGCGGGUGCCGACGAAUUUAUUGAAAGUGCCCCACCCGCCGAGUAGUUCUAGCG